AUAUUAUCAGCUGGCAACUCGGCUCAGCUGUCUUGCACCACCAAGGGAAGCGUGUAUGUCAACAAUGGGAGAGAGGCUCAGGGGGGCAGGAUUCUUCCCUCCAUCCUUCAACCUCAUCCCUACCACACCAUGAACACCACACGUCCUGCUUCACACCUCCUCCACCUCUCUGUGGCUCCUGGUAUCAAGUCAUGGAGUAUUCUUGUGGGUAUCAUCUCCAUUGGAUUAGGAGCAGCAUAUUACAGCCCUGAUGAACACAUUUUGUUGAAAGCUGCUUAUCUCAUUGGCUGCCUCAUUCUUGGGCUCACCUUCCUUGAUGACUGGGAGGAUUGUGUAUUUGACAAGGCUCAAGGUAAAGUUACACUGACACGCUACAAUUGGUGCCAGCGGUUGUUUGGAUCUUGGUUUACUGGCAACAGUCUGGAGCUAGACAUGUCCUCUGUCAUGGCUGUGAGGGUUCUACCCACACAAACAAGAUUGAGUAAAACUCACCAGGUGGUGUUGAUGCUGAGGGCUGGUGGCACAGUGGCUGUAGCCGAGACCUGUGAAGGGUCCAGAAAUGAUCAAGAGACACUAGCAAGCAACAUUCAAAGCUUCCUGCAGCUUGACCGGGUGGAGACUGUACGCAGCCGAUAUGAAGAAUCAUCUGAGAGUGAAGAUGAUGAGUCUUUCAUGAUGUAUCAGAUGCCAGUUGAGGUUGAGUGCUUGAAGGGAAGUGGAAACUUGGAUUUUGAAGACAUAAAAGUUGAAGAUGAAAAUGCUGCAGACCACCAAGAAGGCAGUGACAGUGACACAAGUGAGGUGUUGCUUGAUCUUUAACAAGGGACCAGGUUCAUGUACAGAUAGUUAAAAAAAUAUUAAAAAAUAAAAAAAAAUAAUAUUUCACUUGUGGACUUGUAGCUUUCAUGUCAGUUUUUAUACUCUCCUUGUAACCUACUUAUGAUAGAAGCUUACAAAGAAAUAACUAAGAUAAUUAAUUUUUUGUAACAGAUGUCUUGGAAAUCAAUUUGUUUGUUUUAUUUUUGUACUUAAUUUGUGACUUACUCAUAAGAUAAAUGUAUACGAGGAAAAUUACCAAAUUAAUAAUUUUUUGCCAGGCUUAGGUCUUCAAAUUAGUUUAGUUUAAGUAUGUGUAUUAUAACAACAAUAUAGAUCUCUAGCAAAGUGUAAUUUUGAUUUAUGGUGCACAAAAAGUCAAAUAUAAAAUAACACCAAAUGAUGCUUGGUGCAAAAUGUUAUGAGAUAUUUUUAGAUAUUUUCUAAGAUAUUUAUUUUUACCUUAGUAUUUUUGCAGUGAGAAUGUGCCUCAGUGAUCCAAUUAUCUAAAUUUAAAGGAUAUGCUUACUAUUAAAUAUAGAAAUUAUAUUUGUAUGGAUUUUGAAUAAACUAGUCAUACUAUUAAGUAAGGAACAUAUCCCAAUUAUCAGAUGAACUUUUUUAAAAUGAAACUUUUACUUUUUUUACUAAUCUCCUUAGCAGUACAAAAAAAAAAAAAAAAAAAUUUGUAUUAAAAAGAUUUUCUCUAUUACAGCUGAUUAAAUCAUGAAAAAUAGAAAAAGAAUAUUGAUUUAAAAAGUGUAUAUCAAUUGGAAAAAAAAUUUAGUGUCUUAAUUUUUAAGAAUUAAAUAUGAUUAUCUAUGCAUCAUUUGUUAGAACUCUAAAGAAUAUUUCACAUAUGUACAAAGGUGCUUCUGUGCCUAUACAAAAAUUGAAAAAUUUUUCCAAUAAAAAUUUUCCUCUGAAA